CCGUGCUUCUUACCAGGGAAGAUGAUCAUCAACCCAGUUCGGUGGAGCGCACUGAAGGCUGAUUUCUCCUGAACGGUGCACAGGACCAAGUUUCAAGCCUGUGAGAUCAAACCCCAAGUACUAAAGUGAGAUCUUUUAACAAUUUGGAUUUGCAAAGAUGUCUGUAUCCACUAUGGAAUUAAAGAAAUCUAUUUCGGACUCGGAGAAAACAUUGAAGAGCUACGGCGCUGUGCAAGAGACCGACUGGAACAUGGAUAAAGGCCAGGGGGACGUGUCCAUGAUCGACAGCACCAUGUCCCCAGACGAGAUCGAGGUGGAGAUGGCGCGCAUCCAGCGUCUCCGGGAGGUCCUGGUGCGCCGCGAGUCCGAGCUGCGCUACAUGAUGGAUGACAUUCAGCUGUGCCAAGACAUCAUGAGCCUGAAGCAGGAGCUGAGGAAAAUCGUGCUGGUGCCAGAGAGAGAGAAGACCAAGAAGCACCGGCAGGGAGAGGAGGAGUUAAUCCAGAAGAUCCAUAAACUGGUGCAGAAGAGGGACUUCCUGGUGGACGACGCGGAGGUGGAGAGAUUAAGGGAGCAGGAGGAGGACAAGGAGAUGGCCGACUUCCUCCGGCUCAAGCUCAUGCCGCUGGAGAAGCUGGCCAAAGUGGCCGAGGGUCCUGCCAAGCCCAAGAGAAGCGUCCCAGAGCCUCCGCCCAACAAGCCCUCCGUCGUCAAGUCCAGCGUCGCCAUCAUCAAGGACUGCUGUGGUGCCACUCAGUGUGCCAUCAUGUAACGAAACGUCCCUUCAACCACAACCCCCGCCACCCCCCAACCCAAAGCCCUCGCCAGACUCUCUCCCGUAACCUUAACCCACCUCCUCCCUCUGAGAAACCUGAGUGCUGAACUAUCCUGCCAGAAGUGACAAAGUAAACAGGCGAAGGCCGAGGAACAGGAUCAGCCUGAGCGGCGCUUGUCCGAGGCCGUAGGGGGAAACGCUUAUCUUGAUGAGCAGUGCUGCCGCUCAUUGAUUGCUAAUGGAGCGGGGACGCUGUGCCCAGCGUGGUUUUAGCCUGUCGGACAGUUGUCACAUUAACAUUCAAUUAGCCAAUCAAUGAUGCGUGGAUAAGACGUGUCAGCAUGCUCCCCAUAAACCACUCUAGAGUCUAGACAAUGUGUUGUGCUAUUACACCCCUGUAUUCUGUACAGUAGGUUUAGGUUAUAUAACAGCAUCGUUUGAGGACUCCGCAGUUUUGAGGCAGGAGUUUGGCUGAAAGUGCACAAUAGUUGUUGUAUUCUCACCUGAGAGUUCAGCUGGUUAAAUGGAUUCCUUUAUUCUUUCUUUUGAAGCUGCAUUGCUGCAUUUUUGUACUCGAGUGAAGGCAACACUUUUUUUUCCACUGUGAGUUUAAAGUUUGAUCUUUCACACCACAUAUGGUGGCAGAAUGUGAAGAAUUUUACAACACUGCCUUUAAAUUCAGACAAAGCAUGUGAUGUGAGCAGCUUAAAGAGUGCCAUUUCACCACAACUUUUAUGAAGGCAACUUCUGGAAUGGGCUUCAGUUCCUUCAAUUGAGGCCUUUUUCAAAAGAGAACAAAAUCUGUGUGAUUUUUUUUUUGGUGUCAUGUUGACAAUUGCCAAGCACAAACACCCUGAUGCUUUCACACAUGCGCACACAGGUUUCACACACGGGAGGUGGGUCGAGAGGAGUCACGUCUCUUUUUUUCCACCACAUAGUAGAACAGGUAUACACACAAACACCCCCCCCCCCCCCCCCCCCAUCAGCAUUUUGACACUUUAAUCAAAAGGGAUCUCUGAUCAGGGGUCAGUCUUGCACUGUGGAUCCAGAUGACUGUGGGUUGAGCUGGGCUGACCCUAGAUCAGUUCCUCCACUAUGAGGUGCGUGACACUGGGGCCGUCCUGGGCCACCAUACAGCACCUGUACAGUACGGUUCCUGCUUCAUGCAAAGAUCCACUCACCCAAUCCCUUUAAUUUCAUAUGCAAACACAUGAACAGAAUAUGCAUCGAUUACUUAUUUUACAAUGAUUACAUUGACCAUCAUUUCUGACUAGUGUCAACAUUACUAUUAGCAUUGAAUUUUUGUUCCUUCUUGCAGACAAAAAGACAAAAAAAAAAAUCUUCAAUAUAAUGCAAAGAUGAAUGCAAUUCUUGUAAAUACUUCGUCUAAAUAAGCUCUGAACAUAAUGAUGGGUGGAGAUCUGGUGGUUAUUUACUAACGAGAUCUGGUGGUUAUUUACUGCACUCCUGUUCGCUCCCUCUGAACUGUGUUUGUGUAUUUCUCUCUUAGGGCCUUUUGCUAUAGAUUACACGGUACGUACACACAGAAAUGUGAUGAUCCAUCUCCAUGUCUGUAAAUAUAUGUUUAAAUAAAUGAGGCAUC